CUUCUUUUUAAAUGAACCUACAAACCCUUCCAACAGAAAUUUUAACUCAAAUUGCAAGUUUUAUACCAGCAGAAGAAGUUGGUGAAUUUGGAAGGACCUGCCAAAAAUGCUACUAUGCCGUGCUGCCUUUCAUAUGGCAUCAUCUGACACUCAACGAUGCCUCAGAACUCAGUCUGGUGGCGAAACGUUUAGAAAAGAAUCACGAAUGGCAUGAAAAAGCUUCUUACUUUGUAAAGGAUGUAUCAUUAUCCCGCAGCAACAGUUGCGACAGCUUUAAGUUUUCUGCAGCUGAUCAAGCAUGCAUGUUUGGUAUUGCGACACCGCCGUCUGAAAGGAUCGGAACUCCAGAGAACGGCAGUAGCAGCUCGUCAAUAAGGCGUGGUUUUUCAUUAGCCCAGCAUCAGCACCAUGAGCAAAUUGAUGUUUUCGGAAAACGACUAUUACAAAACUUUCCACACCUGUCCAAUAUUGAAAUUAAUUUCAAUGAAGCAAUAGAAACCUUUGACACCGAAGAAGAUGGACUACAGAUAGCGAAGUGGCCUACUUAUAUUAAUGACAAUGAAAAUUGUAACUUACCUUACUAUGGAACUGUCACUUUAACGAACUAUAAACCGGGAAAUACGGAUGCUCUGCGGUAUUUGUUAAAACCGUUCAGAAAAUUGCACCAUCUCAAACUAUAUGCUGCACCUCCUAUAUCACUCUGCGAUGAUAUUGAUGAUUCUCUAUUAUCAUCCGAUGAUAUCAAUGUACUACUGAUGAUGGGCUUCAAGGAUUUAAGAAAAUUAGACCUGACGUAUUUUGAUUUUGAUGUUGAUUGUAAUACAUUAUUAGAACUUGUUAUGAGCUUACCCAAGCUGGAAACGUUAAUCUUAGGAUGGCUUUUCCCCCCAAGUAACUUCGAGUUUGCACACUUAUCCGAACUGUUGCAGAAACAUGCCUUUUUAUACCCUUCACAUACAGGACAGAAAGCAAAUAUAUACCAUGUUCAAUUUAUUCAUGCAUAGAAUUACAUUGUUAUUGUUAUUUAACCUAAACUUAUUUAAUUACUGUACAUAACACAUCAAAUGAUUUUUUUUGGAAACUCAAUAACUCCAUUAUAACAAAAACGCAUAAUAACCCUGUACUGCUAAAACGUUGCUUUUUUAUACUAGUACACAGUUCAUUAUGUGCGUAUAGUAAAUUCUUUCAUAAAGUGAUGGGACGAAGAAUGAUUCUUACCAAUUGGAAGCACACUGGCGGAUGUUGUUGGCUGAAAUAAGUUAUGAAAGAUUUAUGGCAUAUUCCCUAGCUAAUUUAAUCUUCGGAU